UCCUCCUCCUGCACACGCGGUGUAGGGCGGGGACAGACCGGGACGACAGAAGACAGGCAGCCUGCCUGCCUGACCUCCACCGGGCUGUUCGUCUGGCUGUCAGUGAGCCACCUGUGGGAUGUGACUGCGUUCCCUCUGUGGUUCGGGCUGUGAUCCCUCAGUGUGUCUGUCCAUCUGACAGUCCCAGUGACAAGCCCCAGGAGUGUCUGGUCCCAGACUCUAUGGAUUGACCCACUGGACCCCCUGCUCACCCAGCUGCCACCCCUGAAGCACCCCCCCCAAGCACCCCCAACGCAGGAUGGCUUUCUGAAGAAAAGACAGCCCCCUCCAACAUGAGGAAACUGAGGUUCAGAGGCUGGGGAGCAGUGUUCCAGGGCCCACAGGAGCCCACCCCCAGAGGACGCCGAGGCUUUGUCACCAUCCUUUCCAGAUCCUCUCCCAGGCCCCAGGCAGCCCUCUGCCUCUUCUCUCCUCCUCCGAAGACUGCUGUCUAGGGCACAGGCCGGCAGGGCUGAGCACAGGACCAGGAGCACAGGCAGACUCCACUCCUCCUGUCAGGGUGGCAGGGGUGACAGCUGUGGGCCUGAGUGGCUGAGGACCCCUGGGAGACCCAGGUUUUAGGAAUAGCUAAGAGGAUCACCUGAGAACACAAGACUAGGAUCAUUCCAGGAACCCACCAAGCCACAGGCCCCAGGAGCCAGCAUGCCUAAUGGCUGGGCCACCCUGUCGCUUCUACUGAUGCUCCAAGGUGCCUGGGGCUGCCCACAACUCAGCUGCUUUACUGACUACUACCAGACGGUCACCUGCCUUGUAGAGACGGGGACCCUGCACUCCAGCUCACUCACUGUCACCUGGCAGGACCAGUAUGGAGAGCUGGAGGACGAGGUCACCUCCUGCCUCCUGCACCCAUCCACCAGCAACGCCACACACACAGAGUACACGUGUCACAUGGAUGUGACUGUCUUCAUGGCCGAUGAUGAGUUCAGUGUCAACAUGACUGAGGAGCCCGGUGGCCUCUCCCAGGAGUGUGGCAGCUUCCAGCUGUCCCAGAAUAUCAGGCCCUCACCCCCUUUCAACGUGUCGGUGGUACCGGCCCCCGCGGGAGAUUACACAGUCACCUGGAGCACCGACUACGACGCCCUGGACACGGCCAUGCUGAAGGGAAAACUACAGUUCCAGCUGCAGUACUGGAACCAGGGUGACCUCUGGGCUCGGCAGCCCCGCACCAAGCUGGUCUCCGUGGACUCCAGGGCCGUGUCGCUGCCUGCGAGCGAGUUCCCGGGAGGCUCCCGCUUCUCGCUGCGCCUGCGGGCCGGGCCGGAUGCCUUCCUGCGGGGCAGCUGGAGCGAGUGGAGCCCGCCAGCAGCCUUCCACUCACAGCCCGCAGGCUUGGAGCUCCCCGCCCCACCGCUCGUGCCUCCCCCUCCCCCAGAGCUGAAGGGAGACUGGCGUCUCUACCUCCUCCUGGUGGUGCUCCUCCCCGCCCUGGUGCUCCUGGCCCUGAAGAUCCACCUGCCCUGGAGGCUGUGUAAGAAGGCAUGGUUGCAGGUGCCCAGCCCGGAGUGGUUCUUCCAGCCCCUGUACUCAAACCACAGCGGGGACUUCAAGAAAUGGGUGGGCACACCCUUCACCGCCUCCAGCCUGGAGCUGGGCACCUGGAACCUGGUGCUGCCCGCCACCCUGGAGAUGGCCAGCUGUCCCCCGCCAGGCCCCAAGGCGCCCCCUGAGCCCAGAGACCCAGAACAGGAUGGCCCCCCAGAGCCAGAGCCGAGCCCCCCAAUGGACAGCUGGGCCUGCAGCCCCGAGGAGGAGCGGCCAUACGGGCUGGUGUCCAUUGACACAGUGAUGGUGGAUGGUGCCUGUGAGGACAAUGGCUACCCUGCGCUGGCUUUGGACGUGGGCCCGGGGUCCACCCUGAUGACCUGUAUCUUGGGGGGCAGCCCCGUCGUGUUGGGGGGUGCACUGGGAGGGCCUGAGAGUCCCCCUGUGGCCCAGGUGGGCUCCCCACCCUCCCUGGACAUGGACACCUUCGACAGCGGCUUCUCUGGCUCCGACUGCGGCAGCCCUGUGGACGGUGACUUUCCAGGACCCCCAGAUGAGGGUCCCCCCAGGAGCUACCUCCGCCAGUGGGUGGUCAUGGCCCCUCUGCCCCCCAGCCCUGGGGACCCAGGCAGCUAGCGGGAAGCUGGGUGGGUGGGGUGUGUAGCCUGAAGCCCUGGGUCCCCCCACCCCCCGGGGCCGACCUGGUUGUCACAGUGCUCCCCGGACGCUGCCUCGGGGAGUCACAUGGAGUCCUUGUCCUGUGUCAUCUUCGUGGGCCCAAGGAUGGGCAAUGUCACAUGUCCGCGGUGGCCUUGGGUGGGGCAAAUAUCAGGGGGCCCAUGAAUCCCAGACUGAACCCCGACUCUGCUGCCUCCCCGCUGUGCUGCCCCAGGCCUGCUACCUCCACUCUCUGAGCAAGUUUGCUGCUGGACUGGCCAGUGGGUGGCCUGAGGGCGCCCUUCGCCCAUGAACCUGCCACUUCCUCCCAACCUGGCCCAGUGCCCAGUGGCCACUUCCUGCUGUGGCUUGCCUCUCACGUGGAGGCCCAGAUUGGAGGAUGGGAGAGCAUGGAGCAUGCUGGGUCUGCCCCUCCCCCCGCCCCCGGCCCAAGGUGUGUACGCAGGGGAGUCAAGCCAUGUAGAUGAUCCCAGAACCCUCUGAAAUGUGAAUUAAAAAGCUGAGAUGAGGAGCCAGGCGGUGGUGCAUCUGGUUGAGUGCACACAUUACAGUGUGCAAGGACCCAGGCUCAAGCCCCAGGUCCCCACCUGCAGGGGGAAAGCUUCACAAAUGGUGAAGCAGGGCUGUGGGUGUUUCUGCCUCUCUCCUCUAUCCCCCCAUCUUUUCUCAAUUUCUCUCUUUAUCCAAUUAAAAAAUAUAUGUAUAUGUAUAUGUAUAUGUAUCAACAACAGAAAACUGAGAUUCCCCACUCCAGCCUCUUGGGGGCUCCCAAGAUGCUCCAAGCCCGUGGACAUCAGGGUGCAGAGCACUGAGUGCACGGGCAGGCUGUGAGGGGGGUGAUCAGGGCCCCAGGCUCAGGAGGGGACGCCCCCAAGGGUCACAGCUCUGGCCCUGCUCCCACACAGUGUGGGCGAAGCCUCUGUAUGACUCAUCCUCCACACGGGGUCCUUGGUGCCUGGCGGGACGGCUGGUAUAUUCUAGAAAACCAAGGGGCAGGGCUGUCAUAGCCACGCUCAACACUGAGCCGGGGCCUGGGGCAGGGGUGGGGUGGCUUCGGUUUUCACACCUGAGGGUGGAGGUGGGGGGCAGGUUCCGGAUGCCAUCCCCCAGGGCCGGGUGUGCUGGGCAGGGCAGCCAGAAGCCCCCAGGUGCCAGGUGGGCGUGGGGGGCAGCUGCAGCCCAGGCCACACAUGGCUCCUCCC